GCCCGAGCUGCAGUCUCAGGUGUUGAGCUGCUACAGACUGAACUCUCAGCAGACACUGCACUGCUCACAGCUCGCCAAAGACUACAUCAACUGCAUCAACUCCAAGAAGAACCUGCUGGUGAACCAUGGAUGAUGAUGAUGAUGAUGAUGAUUGGUGCUGAAGAAGAGGAGCAGCGUUAGAGUGUGUGUGUGUGUGUGUGUGUGUGUGUGUGUGUGUGCGUGUGUGCGGUAUCAUUGUGUUGGUUUGUUGAGCUGAUCUUCAUUUACUGUGAUUAAAUAAAGUCUCUUCAGCAUCUGUUUGUCUCUUCAGUCUCUUGUGACUCUGAAAAUGAUUAACAUUCAAAAUGAUUAACAGUUCAAAAUAUUAGAAAAGCAAUCAAAUAUAAUGCGUUACAUUACUUUAUUCAAGUCAUUGAAAAGGUACUUAUUACAUUUUGAAUAGGGUGACUUGUAAUGUGUAACCUAUUACAUUUCCACAGAAACCUUCCUAACACUGAUUAUGGGCUCACAAACAUUAAUGCCUCCUUGUUUUUGUCUUCCCUUGGAGAGGGGUUGAAUGCUUGGCGACAUUCUGCUCUGUUUUGUUCGGAUUCAGAAAAUUGAAUAAAACUAAUUAUAUUGCGUAUCCUCUCAAGCAAAACCAGUCAUAGUCACAUAGUAUACUUGUAACAAUAAGCAAAAAUGCACUUAAACUUAAGGAAAGACUAUGUUUCGUAAAGAUAUUUUGUAAAUUGCCUACCUUAAAUAAACCAAAAUGUUUUUUUGAUUAGUAAUAGCCUAUGCAUUGCUGAAAACUUCAUUUGGACAAUUUCUCAAUAUUUCCAUUUUUUGCAAUCUGGGAUUACAGAUAUUCAAAGAGCUGUGUCUCCAACAAAUAUCGUCCUGUCCUAUCAAAGCACACAUCAGUGGAACGCUUUUAGAUGAUGUAUGAAUCGUUUUCAAACGCUUUUGUGGCUCAGGGUCACAUCUGGCCAGUAAACUUUAUCUUCACGUGAGUUUCCGGUGUGGUGUUCACGCGCCUCGAGGCGACGCUCCGGAGCAGCGCGAGACCGAUCGUUUCCUCGCGCUGCUCAGAUCGAGGCUGCUCGUGCUCUGAAAGCUUGGGAGUUUAACUAUGACUAGGACACGCCAUCCAGGGAUCGUUCAAACGUAGACCUUGACGAGGAAUUGAGGUGGAUGUUGAAGUGGAUGACUCUUGUGUGAGAAGGCAAGGAAGAGUUGAAUCGAUAAAGCCUGUGCUGCCUCCCUUCCUUGUUUGCUGAGUUUGUUUAAACGUCCCCAAUUGAAGACUUAGCGUGGACCACCAUAUCCCUAACUUGCAAGGACCAGGGCAGAUAUGUGGCCUCAGCAGGGGCCGCAAUGCUUCUUUAGCCCAAGGACUGUGAUGCUCCUUGGGCUUCUGACUGUCUGCAUAUCCCCUCAACUUUCUGAAGGAUCCCCGGAACCAUUUAGGUCUUUCUCGCCUUCUGACUGGGGUCUAACGCAUUUAGCCAUCCAUAACAAGACCGGUGAUGUGUACGUUGGUGCGGUCAACUGGAUCUACAAGCUCUCCAGCAACUUGACCAAGUUGAGGAGUCAUAUGACGGGUCCCAUAGUGGACAAUGAGAAAUGCUAUCCACCUCCAAGUGUACAGUUAUGUCCUCAUGACCUUGCCCCAAUCAGUAAUGUGAACAAGCUGCUGCUAAUAAACUAUGCCCAAAACCGACUUAUCGCUUGUGGAAGCACUUUUCAAGGCACCUGUCAGUUUCUGCGCCUGGAUGACCUUUUCAAGCUCGUCGAGCCACACCACCGUAAGGAACACUACCUCUCCAGCGUCAUCGAGUCAGGAACUAUGUCUGGGGUCAUCAUCUCUGAGGGUCACAUCAGCAUGCUUUUUAUUGGAACGCCCAUCAAUGGUAAAUCAGAGUACUUCCCAACUCUUUCAAGCCGUAAGUUGAUGGUCAAUGAGGAAGAUGCUGACAUGUUCAGCUUGGUUUACCAGGACGAGUUUGUCUCAUCCCAGCUGAAGAUCCCCUUGGAUACACUGUCCAAAUUCCCAACAUUCAACAUCUACUACAUAUACAGCUUUAGCAGUGAACAGUUUGUCUACUACUUGACCUUGCAGUUGGAUACCCAACUAACUUCUCCUGAUGCCAGUGGGGAACAGUUCUUCACCUCUAAGAUCGUACGACUCUGUAUUGAUGAUCCUAAGUUUUACUCCUACGUAGAGUUCCCAAUCGGAUGCACCAAAGAUGGCGUAGAAUAUCGACUAAUCCAGGACGCCUACUUGGCCAAACCCGGAAGGCAGCUUGCAAACUCUUUGGGAGUGUCCGAGCAAGAGGACAUACUGUUUACAGUCUUCUCCCAAGGUCAGCAGAACCGGACCAAACCCCCAAAAGAGUCGGCGCUCUGCCUGUUCACUCUGACGAAAAUAAAGGAAAAGAUCAAGGAAAGGAUUCAGUCGUGCUAUAGAGGAGAGGGGAGGCUGUCUUUGCCCUGGCUACUCAACAAGGAGCUAUCAUGCAUCAACUCGCCUCUCCAGAUCGACGAUCAUUUCUGCGGGCAGGAUUUCAACCAGCCUCUAGGGGGCACCAGCACUAUCGAGGGCAUUCCGCUCUUCAUAGACAAAGAUGACGGAAUGACUUCGGUAGCCGCUUACGAUUAUCGCGGAAACACGGUGGUUUUCUCAGGAACACGCAACGGCAGAAUAAAGAAGAUUCUCAUUAAUUCGGUGAGUCCGUUUCGGCCGGCGCUGCUGUACGAGAGCGUCCCGGUGAGCGAGGGCAGUCCGGUGCUCAGGGACAUGCUGUUCAGCCCAGACCUGCAGUUCAUCUACACCCUCACCGACAGACAGGUGAGCACACGGACAAAUCGGACAAAGCUUUAAUUACAAAUCAUCUGGACAGGGUGGUUCUCUAUACAGUAUUGUGCUUUGAUGGGAAAAUGUGCUUAAAAGAUUAGUUCACCCAAAAAGAAAAAUUAGGCUGUGUUUUACUUCCUAGGUGUGUACGACUUUCUCCUUUCAGAGAAAUCCAAUCAAGAGUUGUCUUAAAAAUUGUCUUAACCCCUUCAAGUCUUUAAAAGUAUAUAAAAGUAUACUUAAUAUAACAGUAGUAAUCUUUGAGU